AUUGUGAUUUCACACUAAUAACUUCUUACAUUUCAUAUUGAAAACUGUAUAAUGUCUAACGUUCGUCCAUGGUUCCGUCUCGCUAGCAUCGCUAGGCCUACAUCACAAGGCUCAAGCGACCCACCUCCUCCUCCUCCACCUCAACCUCGUCAAACCCCUAGCCGUCAGGUUGUAGUCAGACAACCGGCAAAACAACCUUCUCCUCCACGUCAGCAACAACCUCCUUCUCCUCCACGUCAACAACGACCUCCUUCGCCUCCACGUCGGCAACAACCUCCUUCUCCUCCACGUCAGCCUACUUCCUCACCACGUCAGCAAACUCCUCCACCUCCACCUCCUCAGGAGCGAUCCCCAUAUCAUUCACCACCCAGCCGCCACAUGUCACCACCGACCCCACCAAAAGCUAAGUCUCCGUCGCCCCCAUCGCCACCUCCUCGGUCGUCCUACACGCCGCCACCAUCUCCCAAGGAGGUUCAAGAAGCCUUACCACCGCGAAAACCAACUUCACCACCGAGUCCAGCUCAUUCCACUCGGUCAUUAAAAUCUGAACCAGACAGUUUUCAAAAAGCACCAUCACCGAGAGUACUCUCUCCUUACUCUCUGCCACCUCCUCAGUUACAUUCCGAACGUGAAACCACUCAGAAAAACAUUCUCACAGCCGAGAAAACAAGCCAACUCCAAGAACCAAAUCAUCAUAACCAAAACCAUAACCAUAACUAUGACCAUCAAGGCAACAACACCAAGAGGACGCAUCAUCAGCAACCUUUUUCUGGUUCUGAAAACAUAAUGGGCACACGAGCUAUCACCAUUGCAGGUGAAAACAAAGGUGCUGUAAUGGAGAUCCUGCGAUCUCCUUCAAGCAACAAAACCGGAGGAUCAGGACGACAUCCCUCUAUCGGGUUUGGCGGCCCCGGAGAGAAGGGACGACGACUUCAAAGCAGUAGUAGCAGCAGCAGCAGUGAUGAAGGAGAAGGGAAGAAGAAAACCACAAAGAACCAUACUAACAAUGCCAAUAAUAGUAAUCUCCCCAUGAAAGCCUUUAUGAACAGUAACGUUCAGAUGAUAAAUAACUCUCUUGUUUACAACUCGUUGGCGACACAUCAUGAUCCUGGUGUUCAUCUUAAAAUCUCUCGGAAACCUGGCUCUGGCAAUGGUUUCCACGUCAAGGAUUACGGUAAUAAUGACGGCGGAUACACCAACUGAGAAAAUAAAAUUUCUUUCUGAAAAGGAAAAGAAACCUAAAAAAAAAAAGUUUAAGGGUUUUGGGUUUUAUUUACAAUAAAUUCAAUUUGUUAUAAAAAGAGGGAAAAAAAGAAUAAGAACAAAUAUGAGUGGGGUUAGUGGUUUAUGAUUCUUCUCUUAAGCUUUUUAUAACCUUAGUCUCAUAUGGAGGCUUUCAUUCGUUUACUGAAACGGAGUUUUUUUAUAUCUUGUAACGCUCUUUUGUCGAACAAUAAUCAUGUAAUCGUUUCAUCAUCAUAUUAUUACUAUCAGAUAUGCCCAUAUUAUUAUCAACUUUUCUUUCUAAAAAUAAUAGUAUAAUACUAAUAUUCACCCAACAAAUACACUAAUAUAGUAGACUAAAACGACAACAUAUAUAACAAGUUGAUUUUCGUGUACUCGAAGUUCCAUAUUUUUG